AUGGCCUCGCACUCUUCAGACAAUGAGGGCUCCGGCUUCGACCCCUCGGUGCCGUUCCAGGGCGUCAUUGUGUGCUGCACCAGUAUCCCACCAGACCAGCGGCGAUAUCCGGAGCAGACAGACAUUGCCCAAAAGGUGGCCGAGCUCGGCGGCGUGCACAAAUACGACCUGACUCCCGACGUCACGCAUCUCGUCGUCGGCGAUUAUGAUACCCCCAAGUAUCGCCAUGUCGCCCGCGAGAGGACCGACAUCAAGGCCAUGGACGCUGCCUGGAUCAACGCCGUCAACGAGCUAUGGAAGAACGACGAUGAGAUUGACCUUGAUGCCCUGGAGAAGAGGUACCAGCUGAAAGCAUUGGAGACGAGCGGCGCCGAGCCAUCGUCGCAGGAGGACACAUCGCCCGCGGCCCGCGGAUCGCUGCUGAUAUGCUUGACGGGAUUCGGCGACGAGAGAGACAAGAUUGCAGAGAUGAUUACGCAGAACGGCGGCCGAUACACUGGCGACUUGACUAGGAGGUGCUCGCAUCUGAUCGUCAGCAAGCCCGAGGGCAAGAAGUUCACAGCAGCCAAGGCGUGGGGGUUGCACACGGUCACUCUGGACUGGCUCGAACAGAGUGUCGAACGCGGCAUGAUCCUGGAAGAAUCCAAGUUUGAUCCGCUAUUGCCACCGGAGGAACAGGGCGUUGGCGCUUGGGUGAAGAAGGAUCUCAAAAGGUCGUCUCUAGGGAAGAGAGCAAGGUCAGCCGUCGUCGGCGGCGGGCGAGACGAAGGAAUGCGAAAGCUUCGCAAGACUGCCAGCAUGAAGAUGAGCUCGCAAAGAAACGAUCUCUGGGGAGACAUAUUAGGCAGAUCGGCUUCAAGAGAGUACUCCUUUGCCCACGAGAAUCCGCCUGGAGCACCAGCAGUGGCCCCAGCCCCAGCCCCCGCCUCACAAGUCCCUACUCAGCCAGGAUACUCUCUCGCACAGGAGGAGCAAGGUGUCUUUGCCAAUUGCGUCUUUGUCGUCCAUGGAUUCCCCCAGCAGAGAGCGGCGAUUUUAGAGCAGACUGUCGUGACUCUCGGCGGCAGCAUCGCCUCAUCCCUGCAGUCUCCCGCCAUGCUAUCUCAGCCAACAGACCCUGAGCACUACCGAUUCCUCAUAGUUCCCCAGACUUCACAGCCCGACACCCACCCCGAGUUGCCAAACGAACACAUCCAUGUCGUCACCGAGUUCUACAUCGAAAACUGCCUUCACAACAAGCGCUUCUUCAGCCCCAACGAGCAGGUCCUGGGACGGCCGUUCCCCAUGUUCCCCAUCCCUGCUUUUUCGAGCUUGACCGUGUGCAGCGCCGCCUUCACCGGGAUCGAGCUCAACCAAGUCGCCAGAAGCGUGGCUCAGCUGGGAGGCAAGUAUGAAGAGGCAUUCCGGCGGUCAACAAACGUGCUCGUGUGCAAAUCCUUGUUGGCGAUGCGCAAGGAGAAGCUCAAGUGCGCACUUGACUGGGGCGUGCCUGUUGUCUCGGCGGACUGGCUGUGGGAGUGCAUAUCCAGCGGCAGCCUGGUUCCCAUCCAAGACUUUGUAUACCCAGAACUCAAGAAACGCCGCCCCCGAAAGGCGCCGGUGACGACGAAACCCGUAGCAAAGCCGGGCGUCGACACAACCGCCUUUGACAAGAACGCCCCUGGACGAAGCCGCGCCAAGCAGACGCUCGAACCCGUAACAUCGGCAGAUUUCAUAACGGCGCGAACACAUCCGGCUGAAACGGCGCUCGCUCUAUCCGAACUAUCGUCGGCCGCGCUCAACGUGUCGCCAAAGCAGCCCGCAGCCAAGGGCCCCGUUGCCCGCACCAUAUCCGCGCCAGCCAAGCUGCCUCCCAUCGAAGAACAAGAACAAAACACAGCGCCUCGCCGUCUUCCUGCCGCUUCUGAGCCAAGGGAUCUCCCAAAUACACUACAGCCAAAGCAGCAAUCAAUCCCACCCCCUGAACCCGCAAAUCAAACUCCCCAACCUCCCGAAACAGCAACAACGGCAGCAGCAGGAGCGCCAUCCGCCGAACAACUCGAAAAGCAACGCCAGCUUGCCGCCGCCGCCGAACUCCGCCAGGGCCUCACAUCCGCCCUAUCCGACCUCACCACCGGCUCCGAAGCCGCAACGCAUGACCUCCCCGAUGCGCGCGUCCUGCGCCGUCGCCGGCAGAAGAUCCUCGGCCGGGCAAUCAGCAACGCUUCCAACGCGAGCAGUGCCGCCAGUAUCGACGGCGCAGCUCAUCCGCCUCGCGCUCUACAAGAAGACGACGAUGAGGAAGAGAUGAGAAGGCAGCAGUCUCCGCCGGCAACGCAGCUCGGGUAUCGCGAUCCAGAAGCAAUGGAGACCAAGGCCAUGCUUAUGAGCAGGAUGACGGGUGCUUCUGCAGAAGGGAUACCGUCAGAAGGACUUGGACGAACGAGGUCUUCGAGGAGGAGAUGA